AUGGAUCUGCUGCGUGGGGCGGUGCCGGUGGACGCAGAGACGGCAGAGACGGUACAGGCGGGCCAAGGCUCGGCGGGCGAGUCGGGCGAGUUGGACGGGUCGAACGGGUCGGGCUUGUCGAGUACCACGGUCACGGUGCCGGCAAUGGUCCGCGAGUGUGCGGUGGCAGGUGGGGGGACCGUGGAUGAGGACGAGUACCAGCGGAGGUGGGAGCUGAGGCGGCAGCGCAGGGAGGAGGCGGCGCAAGCGGCGCUGGCCGCAGAGCUCGAGCGGAGCAGGCGGAGAGAGUACGAGCGCAUCCGCCAGAUGCGCGAGAUGCGCCGUAACCUGGCGCUGCUCGACGACGGCGAUGACCAAGACGACGAUGACGAGUCUGACGAUAUGUACUCGAGCAGCGGCUCGGAAGUAGAGGUUGGGGUAAUGGGGGGCAUUGGCGUCGCUGAUGGCGCCGCGGCCUCGCCGGCACAGGCUGCGGCACCAACCACACCGCAAGCAACACGCCCGCUCGUCGCGCUCUCCGCCUCGGAGGUCGGCGACUGGCUGCUCGGCCUUGGACUGGACGACCUUGUUCCGGUCUUUGCCGAGCAUGCCAUCGACGGAGCGGCUCUCCUCGCGCUGAGCGACGCCGAUCUCCGCGACGACCUCGGGCUCAAGCUGGGUCCGCGGCGCAAGAUCACUGCGGCCCGCUCCGGACAAAUGGUUGGUGCAGGCAGCCCAGCCGGAGGCAGUCCAGUCGGAUCACUGCUCUCGAGGUCGUGGUCGGCGAGCCCGCUCGCGUCGCCGGGUACCUCGCUCCGUGUCAAGCUGGUGUAUGUGGGCGACGACGGCGGCUCGGUUCGAGUGCAUGCCAUGUCGUUGCCGCAUGAUGUGCACUUUGAUGAGGUGCUGCAAACAGCAAGUGCCGGCGCUGGCCUGGAUGCACACGUCGCACUCUCCUACGUCGAUGAGGACGGCGACGUUGUCGGGCUUGCAUCGGACCUUGACUGGGCGGCUGCGCUCGACUGGUUCAUGGCGCAAGCAGAGGUGCGGACGCUUCGCAUCCAAGUUCACGUCGUCAAGUACUCGCUGGGUGCCAAGAUCGGCGAAGGCGCGUUCGGCAAGGUCUACCUAGCGCAGGAUGCGCGGACUGGGGCGCUGCUUGCCAUCAAGCAAGUCGAGCUGAAGGACGCAAGCACGCUGGCGCGAUCUGUGGCGGCACAGCUCGAUAAGCAGCUCGAGGCGCUGGAAAAGGAGGUCGAGAUCCUAGGCCUCGUCGGCGAUCACCCAAACAUUGUGCGGUACCUCGGGACGCGACGCGAGGGCGCCACCAUCAAUGUCAUGAUGGAGUAUGUAUCGGGCGGCUCACUGCAUGCGCUUAUGCAGAAGAUGGGUGCUUUUCCCGAGCGGGUCGUCGCCGGAUACAUUGCGCAGGCGCUGCGCGGGCUCGAGUACCUGCACGCUCGCGGCAUCAUCCACCGUGACCUCAAGGCGUCGAACCUGCUGAUCUCUGCAGAGACCAACGUGGUCAAGAUUUCUGACUUUGGCACCUCGCGAGUCCUCGCCGGCCUCUCGCAGCAGGGCUCUGUCGUCGGCGCACGGACCUUUGUCGGCACACCGUGGUUCAUGCCGCCCGAGGUCGUCCGGCAGUCGCCGUACGACACCUCGGCCGACGUGUGGUCGCUAGCGGCGACCGCCGUUGAGCUUCUCACCGGCAACCCACCGUUCCACAAUCUAGAGCCAGUCCAGGCCAUCUUUGCCAUCGGUCGAUCGACUGGUCGGCCGGUGUUCACCCCGCUCUCGCCGCUCUCGCCGGCCUGUGACGCCUUUCUCGACGCCUGCUUCAUCGUCGACGUCGAGACCCGCGCCACCGUACCAGACCUUCUCGCCCACGACUGGCUUGUCGCGGUCUCGCCGCUCCCCUCGCCGUCCCUCUCUCCGCCAACCUCCAGCUAGCUUCUUCGGCGCAAGCAAAACGAUCGCAC